UGCGACGUUUCUUUCCCAGUAAUGCCUGGUGCGUGUCGGCGUUGCGACGUGUUCGCCACGACCUCAUUUUCCUUCCCAAUUUUCCAAACGUUUCGCCAUACGUUUUCCACCACAUAAAGAUCGAAGCCGACCGCUGAUUGCCACGGUUGACAAAAUGAAACGCCGGUACAUCUCGUCCGCGACAGUGUCAGCGCGAGCAUUGCCCGUUCGCUCGCAACUAAACGAAACGCACAUAAUCGUGACGAAAAUGUAACGAGUAAAAUUGCUUCAGUGAUAGAAAGCAUGUGUUGCGUGUGUCGCAUCGUUAAUUAAAAAAGGCAAGGGAUAGAUAACGGUUUAAGCAUUACUUUUAUCAUUUAAUAUUAAGGACUAUCCUUCAUUUUUCCGGAUGUACGUCCUAAAUUCUAAAUCAAUUUGAAUAGAAUUAUUUAAAGAAAUUUUUCAUAUACAAAUUUUCAUCCACCAAUUAAUUUAUAAGAGACGAUCGUUAAAUGAAUCGUCGAUUUGGAUGAAUUCGUUCAGUGACUAUAUAUAGUUUCCUUCGUGAACGAAUUUAAGUUUACUUAAAAACGUCGUGUAGUUUAAAACUGGCAGUUGUUAUUAACUGUUGAAGAGUGCAGAAGAGAGAGAACACGAGCAUGCUUAACGAAAAACAUUAGAAGAUCGAGACAAACAAAGUCAACCUUGCAUUCUUCUAACCAUGCGUCCGGCGUGAUACCAUGUGAACAGUUAGCUCUAAAGUGAAAUAUUGUACUGUGAAUUGAUUCAUGUGAACUUCGAACCAUGAUACCAUUAUUUUUGCUAUUGUUAUUGCCGAUGGGAUCACCUGCCUUCGAGCUGUACUUUACUCAAUCGGAUUUGACCGUACGGAUACCGUACCUCCCGCGAAACGGUGAACAGCAGUCAUCAUGGACCAUGAAAUUGCUCGAGUUAAGAACCUUGCGAAACGACUCCUCGAAUACGAGUCGUGCCAACUACCGAAUCACCAUGCCUCGGGAUCAGAUCGUUUCCAUAGAUUCUGAUACGAACAGUCUUUUAUUGCACGGUCCUCCUAAAACAGGUGCACCUGAAAACGACACGGUCGUCGUCCUAGCCAGAGAUGAAGAAAGCGAGGCUGUGUUGCAGAUCAAGUUAAAAAUGUUGCCCGUCGAAAAGACAAUCAAUUGCACGGAAUACAUUCAGGAUAUGUGCUUUUGGAGCGAGUCAAGAUACAGGAUCUACGAGAACCAACCGGAUACGAAGAUCGGUACCUUCGGCCCGGGAGUCUACAGUGAAAUUUGCCCUACCUACCGCGUCACUGAUUACAAGCUACUGAACGGUACCGAGUAUUUUCACGUGUCGAACGACAGCCUGUUCGCAAACGCCUUGCUGGAUCGAGACACCUUGGGUCCGCCGCCCGGAGGACCGGGUCCGAGAAUCACCGUUCAAGUCCAGUGCGUCGUUUGGGAGGAAAAUACUGGAAUACAACACGCACCCAUCAACACGUUGCACGUGGACGUUUUAGAUCAGGACGACAAUCCGCCUAUGGCUCAAGGAAAUGACUCGAUUACGAUCACAUUAGGAGAAUUCACGACAGGUGACAAAUUGGUAGACGAUAACAAGCUGAUACUGAAAGACGCGGAUGCGGAAAGCAGCAAUCUUUACACUGUCCGCGUACUCGAUGACACUCACAACGUUUUGAAUGUCAGCCAUAAGACUCUGCCUAUCGAGCUGCCUCAGCGCGUACCCUACACCGGCAUAUUCACGAGAAUUUACGCGAAAAUCACUCUACUACCGAAGUCCCCUUAUCGCGUGACGCUUCAAGUUAAGGAUGAGACUCUGCUUCCGGGCUACGGAGAAAAUACGUUAAAUAUCACGCUGACUUUCUACGGACCGGAGCACCGAACGACAACGACGACCGUGUCGUCGAUAUCUCCGAGCAAGCAGCAAGCAUUCACGUAUCCCGCUACCGUGAAAGUUCCGAGACUGGCUUUCCGUUACAUGCGAGUCGCGAAACCGAGCAGCGAACCACAUCACUCCAUCAGCUUCUCUCUUCACGGUUCCGAUGCGUUCGGAAUCACACAAAAGGGUGGCAUAGUAUUCGUUGACCAAGAAGACUUACUCAAAACUGAACCAGCGAAUUUAAUGUUGAAAAUUAAGUGGGCUGUGGAGAAGCUUGUGAUCUCAUCGAAGAACAUAAGGAUCAAUUUGAUCGACGUGUCGUCAUUAAAAACGGACGGGUGCAAUCGUACCAAAAACGGCCGAAUGCAUUCCUGCGCGAACGCGGAAACGCCGGAGGAGUGCGAGUCCACCUGUGGAGUCGCCAGUGGAUCUUACAGCAAGACCAAUUUCUCCGGACAAUGCGUGUGGCGAUGGAACAAGCGGUCGAACGAGAUGCCCAUCAUGUCCGCCCAUUACCCAACCUGCUCCCCAGAUUUGACCCACUGCCCCGACAAUCGUUGCGACGAGCUCGAAUGGCUGGAUCCUCGCAUUUGUCCGCAGGAUUGCACCUUAGAAUCGGAAGUGCUGUUCGCUCACAUGAACAAGGGUGGCCGCGGGAUUAAAAGCGGUUUGGGAACUUGCACGUGCAAUGACAUACUUCAGUGUACUUGCAACGUGGAUCGGUUCCGCGUCCGGAGCGACAACGGCACGAGCAAAGGAAACAGAGACAAGAAGAAGGAAGACAAAGAAUUGCAGGAGAACGAGAUUCUGGUGGGCGCUCGCAAAGCGUCCCACGGACCAUGUGGACUUAUGUGUAUGACAGGUGUGAUAGGAGGCAGCUUUCUUCUGUUGACCGCGGUCAUCGUGUCGUUCAUCACGUCCAGAUACAGAUUGGCAGCGAAGGAAGCGCGGCGAGAGAGCAAGCGUAGGGUGGAAGGGGAGUCGAACGGAGCGGGCAUUUUACCCUCGGACUACAUCGACCGGGGCGAUGGACUUCUCAUCGGGCUAGACACCUUCACCGCGGCAAAUCGUCAUCUCCUUUUGCCCAAAACCUGUCCCCCGGAUCCAAAGUGGGAGUUCCCUCGAUCGCGACUCACGAUCGAACAAGUACUCGGUGAGGGUGAGUUUGGCCGAGUGCUACGAGCUACGGCGAUCGACAUCAGUGAAAUUCCCGGUCCAACGACCGUUGCGGUGAAAACGUUGAAGGAGAAUGCGUGUGCCUCCGAAUUGGCGGAUCUGCUGUCGGAGUAUCAGCUCCUGAAGGAGGCUCAGCACCCAAACGUGAUCAGACUGCUGGGUGCAUGCACCACCCCCGGUGCCCCGGUCUACCUCAUCAUCGAGUUCGCGGAAUUCGGCUCGCUACGCAAUUACUUGAGACGUAGUCGACAUUUGGAAUCCGAGGGUAGAGGAGUAGUCGGAUGCUCGUCGUUCUCGAACGUCGUCAUCAGCGACAGAGCGUUGGCCUAUACGGUCACGUCACGCGACAUCCUUUCCUUUGCCUGGCAAAUUAGCAAGGGGAUGGCUUAUCUAGCCGACAUUAAGUUAGUUCACCGAGAUCUCGCAGCCAGAAAUGUGUUGCUCGCAGCCGAGAGAGUCUGCAAGAUUUCAGACUUCGGAUUGACUCGCGACGUCUACGAGGAUGACGCUUAUUUAAAGCGCAGCAAGGGACGAGUUCCAGUGAAAUGGAUGGCGCCGGAAUCGCUGGCGGAUCACGUCUACACCAGCAAAUCGGACGUCUGGAGUUUCGGCGUCCUCUUAUGGGAACUGGUCACCCUGGGCGCGUCCCCUUAUCCAGGUGUGGACGUGCAUAAUCUUUACAACUUGCUAAAAGCUGGAUAUCGUAUGGACAGGCCAGCAAAUUGCUCGGAACAGCUAUAUAAGUUGAUGACGUCCUGCUGGCAUCAAGAGCCUGCUAUGAGGCCUUCCUUCAAAGAGCUCACCGGUCAUUGGGAAAAAAUGUUAGAGGACAGUGUCGAGUAUCUGGACUUAAAUCCACGGACCGUUGACAAUCAGGCUUAUUUCGCCUCCCUUCACGCUUUGGACAGUCCUAGCAGUUCCGGUAACGAUGCCACGGAUGAUACAGAAAUCAGCGGUUUCAAAACGGACGUGGUUAACUAUUUAGAAAGACGCUCUUCCGACACGGUGACCAAGUGCGACAAAAUUGACAAGCUACAUACGCUCUGGCAACAACCAAUAGGGUCCUUCCCCGACGAACCCGUCAAGCUGUACGUGAACGAUCGACCGUCGAGCUUCCACGCGAAUCAUUAUGAAAGUCCGAUCAAGUUUCGAAACAUCAGCAUAACAAGUAACAGCGAGAACGACUUAGCGUCGCCAACGAACGAGCGUUGUCAACCGUACAUGGAUAUGAAAGGGAAAAAAUCGUCGGGAGCAGCAGACUCAGAAGCGGAAGAACUUCUUGUCUUCGGCAACGAUAACGCGGAGGAAUACGAGGAUCAGAAACUAAACGGAGAAAGUGCGAAGGGCAGAGGGUAAACUGUUCUGAUACGGUAUCUGUUCCGCACAUUUUCUUUCGUUUCACGAGAGAAUCGAUUGUAUACUCCUCACGGGCAACGCGACAAGCGCGAGUACGUACGCGUUGAGCAUAAACGAGUGCGAGCGUAGCUGCUGUCGUCGCGACGUGACUCUGAAAGAUCGAUACGCUUAAAAGAGAUAAGAAUCGAAUGGCGCGAUGUCCAUGGUCAAUGUGAAAAUCAUUGCGUUCGAAUUUUAUUAACGAGUCGCUACACUUCUCGCUUCGUACUUUCGUAUUUGUUACACACUCCAAAUGUUCUGCUAGAAUUGUCGAACACUAGGACGAAGGUUUCGAAAUAUUGCGUGGAACUUUCCUAAGCGAUUGCCGGAUAAAUAAUUUGAACGAGCGUACAAGGUGAAUGGCUUCCUAUCGAUCACGGGCGACGUAUGUGCGUACACGUAAUAAGUUGUCUCAGACGCUUUAGGGAUUGAUUAGCUUCCAAUUAACUUCGUCAAACGCUCCUCGAUUAAUUUGCGAUGAGAGGAGAGAAAAGAAUUGUAACGAUUAACGUAACGUAAGCUUCCACUGCAAUUUUUCACCGCAAAAGUUUCCAGCUUUUAACGUACUUCUUCAGGAUAAAUACUUGUAAUUUGUAAGGAGAAAUGAAAAUUGGAGAGGCGAGAAUUCAACGUGCUGGUCAAUGUAAUCAAUCGUACCUAUAUCAAAUAAGACUGCUUUUUCAUACCUCGACUAAAUAAAACAAAUCACUCACAUUCUUCUAUUUUACAUACAAAGCGAAGCAUUCCAUUUCGUUACAUUAACGUUAAUUAGUUACCACUUGUCGUUUAUAACGCAAGCGUUCCAGUACAAAUUUAGU